AUGUGUCGCGGGCCCGGUGCCGUCUUUGGCGACAUAAAGCCUUCUAGCUUCAUCCGGGCAUUUUUGGAAGGCAAACCAUACCACUGCAGUAAGCCAGUGAUGACGAUGCUGCUCAGCAUCUCCCAUGACCUUGGGAAGGUAGUAGCUGCAGAGAACGGCGAAUCUAUCGUGAGAUUUAUCAACUCUCGUGUAAGUCUGACCAGCCUGUUUGAAACCACGGCAAUCGCCUACGAAGAGGCAGCACGGGCUGCAGGCAGGUCUCUAAGUUCCGGAACAUACUACUAUUUCAUGAACUGCGCUCUUGGGCCGGCUCAGUCCUCGGUACCUCUCGUGCAGUGGGCGAACUCGGCACACGGCUGCAGUCAUGUUGGCCUUGUCGUUGGCAAAACGGCUAGGUUUGGAGCCAAGAAGUUUAAGGCAGUCUAUAUCCACAUCAGACUGUGGGAUACUGGUUUCUCUCAGUCUCAGUACGACUACACUCCAUAUGAGAAUCAGAAGCUCGUCUAUGGUGGCAAAACGACUUCAUCCAAAGCUAAUCUUAACAGGCUAGUGGAUGCAGGUAUCGCAUGGCUCGAAGAUGCUGGAUACGAGCUUACAGAGGAGCAUAACUGUGUAGCCCAUUACUAG